AUGAUAACUGAUUUCACUAAGAAGACGCCUGAUUCUAAAGUUAACUUAAGUGGGAACUACACAACAAAGUUCAGCCAUAGCACAUUUCCUUUAAGAUUUACAAUUGCUCGAGAUAUCUACCAAUUAUUUUUGGAGGAAAAGAAAAUAUUGAGAAAGGCGUUUGUCAAUCCUUUAAAGAAAUAUAAAGGAGUAUUUGUCAAAAAAGCAAAAUGCUUGGUUUUAGGUGGAGAGAUGUUUCAUGUGUGUUGUUGUGCGCAUAUCUCAAACUUGGUUGUUACUGAUGGUUUAAAAAAAAUGUAUUAUGCCAUUUCUAGCAUAAGAAAUGCAAUAAGAUGUGGUGACAAGGUGGAACUCUACAUACAUGAUGCUAGAAGUUGCAUUAAAGUUCUAGAAGAAAGAGUCAAUGGGGAAAAAGUGGAUGACCCUCCAGACACUACUGAUUGGACUAAUGUUGAAGUAUUUGUUAAGUUUCUCAAAGCUUUUUAUGAACUUACUUUGAAAUUAAGUGGGUCAUUGUAUGUCACAUUAAAUCUAUUCUUUGAAGAGAUUCUUCAAGUUCAAGUUGAACUCAAUCAAAUGAAGAAUAGUACAAAUGAGUUGAUGAGCAAAAUGGCAGAGAGCAUGCAGUUGAAGUUUGACAAGUAUUGGGGCAAUUUUGAGAAUAUUAACCUGUUGCAGUACAUUGCCUCUAUUUUGGAUCCAAGAUUCAAGAUGGAUGUGGUUCGAAAUGGUUUUAGGUAUCUCUAUGAUCCAAUUGAAGCUGAAAACAUGAUUCAAAAAGUUGAGAAUAUGAUGAAUAGCUUGUAUACAUUUUAUAAAAAGUUUGUUGUGCUUUCUAAUUCUUCCAAUGAUCAACAAGCAAGUGAAAAUGUCACUACCAAUGCAAGUGAAAGUUCAACUAUCACAUCAUUUCUUAUCAAACUAAAAUUUCUUUCUAGUGAAGUAAUUAGUAAUGAUUUGGAUGACUAUCUUGCUGAUAGAAAGGAAAAGCUAGUUGGGAAUAAGGAUUUUGACAUUCUAGAUUGGUGGAAAAGGAAUGAUAGUAAGUAUCUUGUUGUCUCACUUAUUGCAAAAGAUGUUCUAGCUGUUCAAAUGUCUACAUUUGUUUUUGAAUCUUCAUUUUCUAUUGGAGGACGGAUACUCGAUCCAUUUAGAAGCUCUUUGUCCCCAAAGAUAUUUGAGGUUUUAAUUUGUUCAAAGAAUUGGUUGACUUAUGAAUAUGUUGCUCCUAUUGUUCUGAGACAAUACACGGACGGAAUAGAGGAAUUGGAGACAUCUGAGCAAAUUAAGUUAGAUGAAUCAUGUAUUACAAACACUGGAACUAAGACUACUGCUGCUGCUGCUACCAAUACUACUUUUUGA